AUGUGUCUGCGAUCUCAGAAUCUACCCUUGUCCUUGUAUCAUCCCACUGUGCAGAUUGCGCUGUUCUAUCAGCCUAAUGACGAGACGACCAUGUACCCAUUCGACUGGCUUAUCACGGAGUGUCUGGUCAAGGUGUGGGGAGAGGACUACCGCGAUGCCGUCGUGUCCGUGAUGACUUAUUGCACGACGCGUGCGGGCGUGGCCAAGAAGAAGCUGAAUGACUGGCGAGGUCGCUUGUCAAUGAACGGGCGGAAAGUGGUCUACGAUGCGUUCGGUCUCUCAUGCGAUGCAAAUCCGCGGCUCAAGUACGAUUACAGCGAGCUUGUUUCUGAUGAGCAGCGGACCUUGAGGAAAGUGUACGAGUUGGAGGGCGUGAAGCCCCUAGUCAAGGGUGGCAUGCUACGUUGGCACUGGGAUGACGAGCUGAAUCGCCCCUUUGCAACGGGGCUGGGCGUUCACUGCUGCACGUUUGGCUCACCCUCAAUCCGCCUCUCCCCUUCCGCCCAAUCCCCCCGUGUGCUGUUGGCUGCCCCUUGUGCAGGGGCGUUCACUGCUGCACGUUUGGCUCACCCUCAAUCCGCCUCUCCCCUUCCGCCCAAUCCCCCCGUGUGCUGUUGGCCGCCCCUUGUGCAGGGGCGUUCACUGCUGCACGUUUGGCUCACCCUCAAUCCCCCUCUCCCCUUCCUCCCAAUCCCCCCGUGUGCUGUUGGCCGCCCCUUGUGCAGGGGCGUUCACUGCUGCACGUUUGGCUCACCCUCAAUCCCCCUCUCCCCUUCCUCCCAAUCCCCCCGUGUGCUGUUGGCCGCCCCUUGUGCAGGGGCGUUCACUGCUGCACGUUUGGCUCACCCUCAAUCCCCCUCUCCCCUUCCUCCCAACCCCCCGUGUGCUGUUGGCCGCCCCUUGUGCAGGGGCGUUCACUGCUGCACGUUUGGCUCACCCUCAAUCCCCCUCUCCCCUUCCUCCCAAUCCCCCCGUGUGCUGUUGGCCGCCCCUUGUGCAGGGGCGUUCACUGCUGCACGUUUGGCUCACCCUCAAUCCCCCUCUCCCCUUCCUCCCAAUCCACCCGUGUGCUGUUGGCCGCCCCUUGUGCAGGGGCGUUCACUGCUGCACGUUUGGCUCACCCUCAAUCCCCCUCUCCCCUUCCUCCCAAUCCCCCCGUGUGCUGUUGGCCGCCCCUUGUGCAGGGGCGUUCACUGCUGCACGUUUGGCUCACCCUCAAUCCCCCUCUCCCCUUCCUCCCAAUCCCCCCGUGUGCUGUUGGCCGCCCCUUGUGCAGGGGCGUUCACUGCUGCACGUUUGGCUCACCCUCAAUCCCCCUCUCCCCUUCCUCCCAAUCCCCCCGUGUGCUGUUGGCCGCCCCUUGUGCAGGGGCGUUCACUGCUGCACGUUUGGCUCACCCUCAAUCCCCCUCUCCCCUUCCUCCCAACCCCCCGUGUGCUGUUGGCCGCCCCUUGUGCAGGGGCGUUCACUGCUGCACGUUUGGCUCACCCUCAAUCCCCCUCUCCCCUUCCUCCCAAUCCCCCCGUGUGCUGUUGGCCGCCCCUUGUGCAGGGGCGUUCACUGCUGCACGUUUGGCUCACCCUCAAUCCCCCUCUCCCCUUCCUCCCAAUCCCCCCGUGUGCUGUUGGCCGCCCCUUGUGCAGGGGCGUUCACUGCUGCACGUUUGGCUCACCCUCAAUCCCCCUCUCCCCUUCCUCCCAAUCCCCCCGUGUGCUGUUGGCCGCCCCUUUUGCAGGGGCGUUCACUGCUGCACGUUUGGCUCACCCUCAAUCCCCCUCUCCCCUUCCUCCCAAUCCCCCCGUGUGCUGUUGGCCGCCCCUUGUGCAGGGGCGUUCACUGCUGCACGUUUGGCUCACCCUCAAUCCCCCUCUCCCCUUCCUCCCAAUCCCCCCGUGUGCUGUUGGCCGCCCCUUGUGCAGGGGCGUUCACUGCUGCACGUUUGGCUCACCCUCAAUCCCCCUCUCCCCUUCCUCCCAAUCCCCCCGUGUGCUGUUGGCCGCCCCUUGUGCAGGGGCGUUCACUGCUGCACGUUUGGCUCACCCUCAAUCCCCCUCUCCCCUUCCUCCCAAUCCCCCCGUGUGCUGUUGGCCGCCCCUUGUGCAGGGGCGUUCACUGCUGCACGUUUGGCUCACCCUCAAUCCCCCUCUCCCCUUCCGCCCAACCCCCCCGUGUGCUGUUGGCCGCCCCUUGUGCAGGGGCGUUCACUGCUGCACGUUUGGCUCACCCUCAAUCCCCCUCUCCCCUUCCUCCCAAUCCCCCCGUGUGCUGUUGGCCGCCCCUUGUGCAGGGGCGUUCACUGCUGCACGUUUGGCUCACCCUCAAUCCCCCUCUCCCCUUCCGCCCAAUCCCCCCGUGUGCUGUUGGCCGCCCCUUGUGCAGGGGCGUUCACUGCUGCACGUUUGGCUCACCCUCAAUCCCCCUCUCCCCUUCCGCCCAAUCCCCCCGUGUGCUGUUGGCCGCCCCUUGUGCAGGGGCGUUCACUGCUGCACGUUUGGCUCACCCUCAAUCCCCCUCUCCCCUUCCUCCCAAUCCCCCCGUGUGCUGUUGGCCGCCCCUUGUGCAGGGGCGUUCACUGCUGCACGUUUGGCUCACCCUCAAUCCCCCUCUCCCCUUCCUCCCAACCCCCCCCGUGUGCUGUUGGCCGCCCCUUGUGCAGGGGCGUUCACUGCUGCACGUUUGGCUCACCCUCAAUCCCCCUCUCCCCUUCCGCCCAACCCCCCCGUGUGCUGUUGGCCGCCCCUUGUGCAGGGGCGUUCACUGCUGCACGUUUGGCUCACCCUCAAUCCCCCUCUCCCCUUCCGCCCAACCCCCCCGUGUGCUGUUGGCCGCCCCUUGUGCAGGGGCGUUCACUGCUGCACGUUUGGCUCACCCUCAAUCCCCCUCUCCCCUUCCGCCCAACCCCCCCUUGUGCUGUUGGCUGCCCCUUGUGCAGGGGCGUUCACUGCUGCACGUUUGGCUCACCCUCAAUCCCCCUCUCCCCUUCCGCCCAACCCCCCCGUGUGCUGUUGGCUGCCCCUUGUGCAGGGGCGUUCACUGCUGCACGUUUGGCUCACCCUCAAUCCCCCUCUCCCCUUCCGCCCAAUCCCCCCGUGUGCUGUUGGCUGCCCCUUGUGCAGGGGCGUUCACUGCUGCACGUUUGGCUCACCCUCAAUCCCCCUCUCCCCUUCCGCCCAACCCCCCCGUGUGCUGUUGGCUGCCCCUUGUGCAGGGGCGUUCACUGCUGCACGUUUGGCUCACCCUCAAUCCCCCUCUCCCCUUCCGCCCAAUCCCCCCGUGUGCUGUUGGCUGCCCCUUGUGCAGGGGCGUUCACUGCUGCACGUUUGGCUCACCCUCAAUCCCCCUCUCCCCUUCCGCCCAAUCCCCCCGUGUGCUGUUGGCCGCCCCUUGUGCAGGGGCGUUCACUGCUGCACGUUUGGCUCACCCUCAAUCCCCCUCUCCCCUUCCGCCCAAUCCCCCCGUGUGCUGUUGGCCGCCCCUUGUGCAGGGGCGUUCACUGCUGCACGUUUGGCUCACCCUCAAUCCCCCUCUCCCCUUCCGGCCAAUCCCCCCGUGUGCUGUUGGCCGCCCCUUGUGCAGGGGCGUUCACUGCUGCACGUUUGGCUCACCCUCAAUCCCCCUCUCCCCUUCCUCCCAAUCCCCCCGUGUGCUGUUGGCCGCCCCUUGUGCAGGGGCGUUCACUGCUGCACGUUUGGCUCACCCUCAAUCCCCCUCUCCCCUUCCUCCCAAUCCCCCCGUGUGCUGUUGGCCGCCCCUUGUGCAGGGGCGUUCACUGCUGCACGUUUGGCUCACCCUCAAUCCCCCUCUCCCCUUCCUCCCAAUCCCCCCGUGUGCUGUUGGCCGCCCCUUGUGCAGGGGCGUUCACUGCUGCACGUUUGGCUCACCCUCAAUCCCCCUCUCCCCUUCCUCCCAAUCCCCCCGUGUGCUGUUGGCCGCCCCUUGUGCAGGGGCGUUCACUGCUGCACGUUUGGCUCACCCUCAAUCCCCCUCUCCCCUUCCUCCCAAACCCCCCGUGUGCUGUUGGCCGCCCCUUGUGCAGGGGCGUUCACUGCUGCACGUUUGGCUCACCCUCAAUCCCCCUCUCCCCUUCCUCCCAAUCCCCCCGUGUGCUGUUGGCCGCCCCUUGUGCAGGGGCGUUCACUGCUGCACGUUUGGCUCACCCUCAAUCCCCCUCUCCCCUUCCGCCCAACCCCCCCGUGUGCUGUUGGCUGCCCCUUGUGCAGGGGCGUUCACUGCUGCACGUUUGGCUCACCCUCAAUCCCCCUCUCCCCUUCCGCCCAAUCCCCCCGUGUGCUGUUCGCUGCCCCUUGUGCAGGGGCGUUCACUGCUGCACGUUUGGCUCACCCUCAAUCCCCCUCUCCCCUUCCGCCCAAUCCCCCCGUGUGCUGUUGGCUGCCCCUUGUGCAGGGGCGUUCACUGCUGCACGUUUGGCUCACCCUCAAUCCCCCUCUCCCCUUCCGCCCAAUCCCCCCGUGUGCUGUUGGCCGCCCCUUGUGCAGGGGCGUUCACUGCUGCACGUUUGGCUCACCCUCAAUCCCCCUCUCCCCUUCCUCCCAAUCCCCCGGUGUGCUGUUGGCCGCCCCUUGUGCAGGGGCGUUCACUGCUGCACGUUUGGCUCACCCUCAAUCCCCCUCUCCCCUUCCGCCCAAUCCCCCCGUGUGCUGUUGGCUGCCCCUUGUGCAGGGGCGUUCACUGCUGCACGUUUGGCUCACCCUCAAUCCCCCUCUCCCCUUCCUCCCAAUCCCCCCGUGUGCUGUUGGCUGCCCCUUGUGCAGGGGCGUUCACUGCUGCACGUUUGGCUCACCCUCAAUCCCCCUCUCCCCUUCCUCCCAAUCCCCCCGUGUGCUGUUGGCUGCCCCUUGUGCAGGGGCGUUCACUGCUGCACGUUUGGCUCACCCUCAAUCCCCCUCUCCCCUUCCUCCCAAUCCCCCCGUGUGCUGUUGGCUGCCCCUUGUGCAGGGGCGUUCACCGCUGCACGUUUGGCUCACCCUCAAUCCCCCUCUCCCUUUCCGCCCAGUCCCCCCGUGUGCUGUUGGCUGCCCCUUGUGCAGGGGCGUUCACCGCUGCACGUUUGGCUCACCCUCAAUCCCCCUCUCCCUUUCCUCCUAA